AUGAGUCUUCGCUCAGGAAAGGGCUAUCUCAAAGACUAUGCCGCUAUGCAGCAAAAUGAAGCUUGUGGAGAGGAAGAAGUUGCUACAGCUAACGCAGCCACAAGGCAGACACCUCUUCCAACAUUGGAUGCGAGGUCACAGUCAUCUAAAGCCUCCACUAGACUCUCCCAGAGAUCAUCAUCAACAACCUCUUCAGCUGUUAAAGCAUAUGCUAAAGCAAAAGCUGCCAAGGCUCAACUAGCUUAUGCUGAACGAGAGGCGGACAUGAUGAAGCAGAGAGCAGAACUGCUGAAACAACAGGCUGACUUCGACGCUAGUCUCCAUCUUCUGCAGUGUCAAAGAGCUGCUGCUGCAGCUGAAGCUGAAGCUACGGCCUAUAUGGAAGCUGAAAUUGAAAGUGGUGAGCUCAAGUCUGAUCCUCCUGUUGCAGAGGAGCCCAUCAGUACAUUUCAGCGCACUCAUGACUACAUCCAACAACAGUCAGAGUUGGUCUUUAGAGAAGAGCCGUAUUCAGGAAAAAUAGAUGAACUGAGAAUACCUGAUUUCAAACCGCCAGUGCUUCAGGGUAUUCAAAACAAAACACGGCCAGUGUACAAAAACACAAAACAGGAGCAAACAGCAAUCAGGUGUUCAAGUAAUACUUACCUUCACAGUUCUCCAAAACACGCAAUCAUUCCUGAAAAGACAUCUUUGCCAGAGCCUAAAGAUACAAAGGAAGACUUUGCAAAAUAUCUCAUGCGGAGAGAAAUGGUGAGUGCUGGCCUCCUGCAAUUUGAUGACAAACCUGAAAAUUACUGGGCCUGGAAAACUUCUUUUCUGAGUGCUACUAAGGACUUGAAUCUCUCAGCCAGAGAAGAGCUGGAUCUUUUGACAAAGUGGCUUGGAGUUGAAUCCUCAGAACAGGCAAAGAGAAUUCGUUCUGUGCACAUCCUCAAUCCUACAGCAGGUGUCAGCAUGGUAUGGCAGCGCCUUGAGGAGUGUUACGGGACACCUGAGGUCAUUGAAGACGCACUGCUCAAAAAGAUUGAACAUUUUCCAAGGCUGACUAAUAAAGAUAAUGUUAAGCUACGAGAGCUAAGUGACAUUCUUCUUGAGUUGGAAUGUGCUAAGGAAGACGGUUCUCUUCCAGGACUUGCAUAUUUGGACACAGCUCGUGGAGUAAAACAAAUUGUGGAAAAACUUCCCUUUAACCUGCAAGAGAAAUGGGCAAGCGUUGGAAGCCAGUAUAAGGAGGAUCAUGGAGUGGCUUUUCCUCCCUUCUUCGUCUUCUCCAAGUUCGUCCAAAAACAGGCAAGGAUAAAAAAUGAUCCAAGCUUCACCAUGUCUGCUACAAACAGUCAAGUUCCUUCCAGGUCAGAAAAGCCUUCACAGUUCAGUCGUAAAGCUUCUGUGAUGGUGCACAAAACAGACAUCCCUGCAGAGUCAUCAGGAAUGCAAACCAGUAGUGUGCCAAAGAAAUUGGAAGAACCAGAUCAUCAGUGUCCCAUACAUAAGAAGCCACAUCCAUUGAGAAAAUGUAAACUUUUCAGGGGCAAACCAUUAGAAGAACGCAAAGCUUAUCUCAGAGAAAACCGCAUCUGCUAUAGAUGUUGUGGGUCAGUUCAACACAUAGCAAAAGACUGUAAGGUGGCUGUCGAGUGUGUUGAAUGCAACAGUGAUAAACACAUUACAGCACUACAUCCAGAUCCUCUUCCUGCAACUACACAGAGUGCUGCAGCUGUUAAAGAUGACAGCGGGGAGCAAAAUGGAAACUCAUCAUCAGUCACAUCAAAGUGUACUGAGGUAUGUGGACACAAUGACCAUUCACACUCAUGUUCCAAAAUCUGCCUAGUUAAAGUGUAUCCUGCAGGUGAAGAAGAGAGGGCAGUUAAAAUGUAUGCAGUGCUAGACGAACAAAGUAACAAGUCUCUUGCCAAAUCAGAGUUCUUCACCCUUUUUAAAGUUAAAGGUAGCCCCACACCAUACACUCUGAAAACCUGCUCUGGAAAAUCAGAGACAGCAGGUAGAAGAGCUGUCAAUUUCAUCAUUGAAUCCAUGGAUAGGAAACUCCAGCUUCCUCUACCGCCCUUGAUAGAGUGUGACAUGGUGCCGGAUGAGAGGACAGAAAUACCCUCUCCAGAGGUUGCACGUCAUCACCCUCAUCUGCUCCCAGUUGUUACUAAGAUUCAACCUGUAGACCAAGAUGCUCAGAUUCUCCUGCUCUUAGGAAGAGACAUUCUUCAGGUGCACAAAGUACGUGAGCAAAUCAAUGGGCCCCACAACGCACCAUACGCUCAACGGCUAGACCUAGGCUGGGUCAUCGUGGGAGAAGUGUGCUUGGGAACAGCACACAAACCAUCAGAGAUCAACGUCUACAAAACAAACACACUGCACAAUGGUCGUACAUCUUUUCUCAAACCAUGUCCAAACAGUGUCCACGUGAAGGAAGACUACAGUGACAAAGCAGCAGAGAUGCCUGAAUCCAGUCUCUUCAGCCUCGUUGAACCUGAAACUGACAAUGAGAUUCGACGUGAAGUUACUACUCUGGCAACUAAAGCAACUCAGCCUCAACUGGGCUCGCAGCACUUCGAGCGAUGCUCAAGCUGGAGAACACUAUGUGAAACCAUAGCCAGACUCAUUCAUGUUGCAGCAUCUUUCAAAGAAAAAGCAAGCAAUGGAGAAAAGAAAGGAUGGAAAUCUUUCAAAGACACGCCCAGUCUGAAGGAGCUUUCACAGGCUAAAGUUGUGAUUGUUCAUACCGUACAGCGCAAGGCAUUUAAGGAGGACUUUAAAUGCCUGAAAGAUGCAAAACAGACAUGCUGGAAGCAAAAUGUGCUUAAGAAACUCAAUCCAGUUGUGGAUAAAGAUGGACUGCUCCGGGUUGGAGGUCGUCUUUCCUCUGCUGACCUCUCAGAAGAAGAAAAGCACCCACUGAUUAUUCCAAGAACUCACCACAUUGCCACACUACUCGUGAGAUACUUCCAUGAACAAGUAGCCCACCAAGGACGACAUAUUACAGAGGGAGCUAUCCGAGCAGCAGGAUACUGGAUAAUUGGGAGCAAGCGUCUGGUUUCUUCUGUUAUUCACAAGUGUGUGACCUGUCGCAAACUACGAGGUAGACUGGAAGAACAGAAAAUGGCAGACCUGCCUGCAGACAGACUCACUCCUGAGCCUACAUUCACCACUGUUGGUCUUGACGUCUUUGGGCCAUGGUUCAUCAUGACACGCCGCACAAGAGGAGGAAGUGCAACAAGCAAACGCUGGGCUGUGCUUUUCACAUGUAUGUCAACCAGAGCAGUACAUAUUGAACUGAUUGAAACUAUGUCAACUGACAGUUUUAUUAAUGCUCUGAGGAGGUUUUUCUCCAUUCGUGGCCCAGCAAAACUUCUGCGGUCAGACAGAGGAACUAACUUUGUUGGGGCUUGUAAGGAGUUGGGAAUAAACACAGACAACACAACAGUCAGGAAGUACCUCCAGGAGAAAGGAUGUUCCUGGGUGUUUAAUCCACCUCACGCUUCCCACAUGGGUGGCUCCUGGGAACGGCUCAUUGGCGUUGCUAGACGGAUUCUGGACGCUAUGCUGCUACAGACAGGACCAACGCGACUAACACAUGAAGUCCUGAGUACUUUCAUGGCAGAGGUGAUGGCAAUCAUGAAUGCCAGACCCCUUGUACCGAUAUCCACUGAUCCUGAUAAUCCAGCAAUACUCACCCCAGCAAUGUUGCUUACUCAGAAGAUGAGUGCAGUCUCUGCACCUUCUGGAUGUUUUGAAGCUGCUCAGUUGUAUGGAAAGCAGUGGAAGCAGGUUCAGUGUCUUGCUGACACGUUUUGGAAGAGAUGGAAAGGAGAGUAUUUAGCCACUCUUCAGAGCCGAAGGAAGUGGACAAAGGACAAACCAAAUGUCAAAGAAGGAGAUGUUGUCUUACUGAAGGAUGGACAGGCCCAGAGGAAUGACUGGCCAAUGGGACUGAUUGUCAAGGUUUUGCCAAGCAGCGAUAAGAAAGUCCGCAAGGUGGAAGUGCGGAUUGUGAAAGACGGAACAGCUAAGGUUCUCCAAAGGCCAAUCUCAGAGAUUGUAGUUCUUCUUUCAGAGACUGAGUGAAAAGAUAACAGUUUAAUGUUGUCAAAAGACAUUUCCCUUCAAGUUGUUGUAUAUGUAGUGAUAUAAUGCUAUUAUAUCAAGCGGGGAGUGUGCUGUCUUUAGAUUAAUAAUGUUGAAGUUUAUAAGUGUAAAAAUGUAAAAGUUAUAUUGUUUCUUUAGUUCAGGUAAUUUGGGUUGGAG